AUGAAGAACCGGUUGCCUUCUACAACUAACUUUCAUCGACUAAUGGCAGCCGGAGUGAGCAGACGUCGCGCUUCUUCGGCACCUCCACCAUCACGCUUGGGUGUGAAUCCGGCUCCGGUUAAUGUUGUGCCACAACGUGAACUGCAUACGGCGAGAUCAUCUACUAGUAGGGGAGCUCAACAUGGUCCACAAAGCCCUAAAACCCCACCUGGAGCUAUUACUGUAAGUUUUGUAUAGUAAAGCAGAGUAAGUCUUAUUAAAGUACCGUAAGACAAAAUUUAAAAAGCUACGGUAAACCCCAAAAAAAAUCCUUUUUCAAGCGAAACCUUAUAGGUAUACACCGACGGUUCAUGCCACGGUAACUACGCAUCGGGCGUGGGAAUCUACUUUGGCGAAAACCACCCCCUAAACACGUCCCAGCCUCUGCACGGUAGUUAUCAUUCAAGUGGUUUAGCCGAAAUCAAAGCAGCCCAAAUGGCACUAGAGCAGCUACAACGAUGGCCUGGCUACAAAGGAGAACAUGUUGUGAUACGAACUGAUUACAAACCACUUAUCGACAUUCUGAUAUCGAGACGACCAGCUGCUUAUGCCACAGAGAUCGCCGAGGUUCGACGAUUGGCUGAGAGUUUCCCGUUGGGUGUGAGUUUCCAACACAUUUAUGGCCAUAAUGGACAUCCGGCCCAGGAAAAAGCUGAUGAGUUGGCCAGAAUAUCGACGAUGAAUCAUCGACGAGCCAGAAGUGCAUCACCAUUACCUGACAAUACCGGUGUAAGAGGCAGUCAGUCCGAUGCUUCUAGGUAAGGCUUUAGUGAAAAGCAAGAACUUUCUUUACAAAACAUAAAAUAGCAAGAACUUUCUUUACAAAAUAUAAAAUUGCAAAAACUUUCUUUCCAGAUCCCGUUCCCAGAACCGCAGUCGCUCAGGAUCGCGUUCCAGAAACCGUAGCAGAUCUCGUCAGCGGUCGGUUUCGCGCGAAGGUCGAAAAGGGGCUGGUGUUGAAGUGUACGUUCCUCACCGUAACCCAAAUCAACCUCUGAAUACGGCUACACACUUGAAAACAGAAACCUCAACUCCGACGCUUCCAAGCCCGCAUGGAAGGCCAGCCAAAGGAAUUAGUUCGGAAAGUUCGGUAGAAAUGGAUCAAUGGCCGUUCCAAUCGCACGCUGAGGAACGGCCAAGUCGAAGUCGAGAAGUUGUACAUAGGAGGCCAGUACCGUGAGUUUAUUAUCUCAUCCUAAUAGAACUAUACCUAAUGCAUCUUUAACUAUCUUACCCUACCCUACCCUACCCUACCCUACCUUACCCUACCCUACCCUACCCCACCCUACCCUGCCUUCACUAACCUAUUCCAAUUUACCAUUCCCUACCAUUAUACUACAGUAGCACUGCUUGAACUCCGUCCCACCCUGUCCAAGCCCUAAGGGUAAGAAACGAGCCGUGCCAGCCCAAGUUUUAAGCCCGGCCAGUCUCAACUUUAGCUCUUUCGUAGAACCGGACUGGGCAGGGCCUACACGGUCUCUCACCCCGUAGUGCAUUCUACCUUACCUUCAGCUAUUGCUAUCCCAGGUUUACUGUUGUCUUAACAUAAUAUUAUUAUACUCUACCCCACAUAACCAACCUCCUUUUUUGCCCUACCCUACCCUACCUUAACCUCAUUAACCUAUAGUAUUCUAGCCUAAUUUGUAAGGCUUAAUCAGAGUAACUUAAAAAAUUUAUUUAAAAAAUUUUCAGACCAUCCGUGUACCUUCGAACCAACCGACCCGCUAAUCCAUCUACAACGACAAGUGGAUCUGACUUUUCAGAACGAAACAUGAUGACAUUGAGGACAGAGACUAGUGAUAUAAGAACUGGCACUGAUGUAUCGACAGCUUUUUCUCAAAAUUCACAGUAAAUUUUGCUAAUUUGAAUAUUUUCUAGACUGUAAAAAAAUUUUUGCCAUCUCCAUCCUGAAAAUACUUUUACAGCCAAUCAACCUCACCCCGCCGGAACGUUCACUACAUUGGUCCAAACCCACGAGACCAUGGCUUCCUUUCGGAUACGGGCUCCUUUGCUCAAAGCCGCAGUCGUUCCUUGUCGUCAGCGUCACGGAACGUCUCUAGCCCACCGACACCACGAGAUGCGCGACGUCGACGAACAGUGUCAGGAGAUGCUGGCUUUGAGCGACGCCAAAGAGGCCGAGCCAAUCGAAGAGAUCGUCGAAUGGAACGAGUACGACAAAUGAUCCAGACGGCUAGACAAAGGAACAACAGCUCGAGGUCGCAAAGCUUGCCUGGAGAUCAGAGGAACUUGAGUGGAGAUCACGUUGGUCAGAUAAGCUCAAGUCAUGGUGUUCAGCAAGGUCAGGCUAAUCAGAUGGGCUCAAGCCAUGGUGGUCAUCCAGGUCCGGCUGGCCAGAUGGGCUCAAAUCAUGGUGGUCACCCAGGUCAAGCUGGUCAGAUGAGCCAACACCAACCAUGUCAGGUAGCUUCAGAUCAAAACCAACAAGGAGAUCAAGCUAGUCAACGCGGUCCAGCUAACGCUGGUCAGAUGAACCCAGGUUCGGCCAGUCAACGAAGUCAAGCUCAAGCAGGCCAACUUCAAGUCGGCCCAAUAGCUGCAGUUCAAGUACAACAUCAUCCAAGUCAAACGAAUCAGCUAAAUCCAUAUCUGCUUGGUCUAAGCAGACAGAAUCAGCCCAGUCAAGUGCUUUUAAAACAAGCUAGACAAAGAAGUCAAAGCCAAACUAGCUCAGGUCAAGAAGGCCAAAGCCGCCGACCAAGCUCAGGACUACUUAGACCAGGAAGUCAGGGAAGUGGACAGCCGAGUCCAUAUCAAAGAAGCCAGGCCAGCUCAAGCCAAUCUGCAUCAAGCAACCGAAGUCAAAGCAGUCAAUUGAGCUCAAGCCAAGCUAGCCAAGAAAGUCAAAGUGGUACCUUGAGUUCAGGUCUAACUAGCCAUGGGACUCUUAGUAGUCAGUCAAGCCGCCGGCCAAGCUCAGGACUACUUAGACCAGGAAGUCAAGAUCAAGAUCGUCAGCCAAGUCCGUACCUAAGGUCAGGACAAAGAAGUCGAAGUUUGAGUACGGGAAUUUGGACCAGUGGUCAGAGUGGUCAAGUAAGCCCAUAUCAAGCUAGUCAAGGUAGUCAACUGAGCUCAAGUCAAACUAGUCAGAGUAGUCAACUGAGCUCAAGUCAAGCUAGCCAACGCAACUCAAGUCAAGCUAGUCAACUGAGCUCAAGUCAAGCUAGAAGAAGAAGCCAAAGAUCACGUUCAAUGCAUACGGCCAUAGAACAAGUUCAAGAUGGUCAACUGGGCUCACGUCAGGCUAGGCAAAGAAGCCAAAGUCAAGGAAGACAUAUGAGUCAAAAUGGUCAGCCGACUUCUGGCCAAGUGGGUCAAAGAAGAGGUAGAAGGCGAAAUCGAUCAAGAGCUUCAGUCAAUAUGGCUGCGGCCCAGAGGAAUUUGGCCAGACGUCCAAGGCAAGGAGGUCAGAUGAGUUCAAGUCAAGUUAGACAGAGAAGUCAAAGUCAAGGUGGACAGAUGAGCCAAAAUGGUCAGCCUAGAUUAGGUCAGGCUAGACAGAGAAGUCAAAGCAGUCAGAUGAGCUCAAGUCAAGCCAGACAGAGGAGUCAAACUGGUCAAACGUACUCAAGUCAAGCUAAACAGAGAAGUCAAAGUAGUCAGAGGAACUCAAGCCAAUCCAGACCGUCUAGUCAAAGUCGAAGCAUUCAAGGUCAUAGCAGCCAUUCCGGUGCAUCUCAAGGUGGUCAUAGUCAAGGUGGUAAUAGUGCAUCUCAAGGUGGUCAUGGAGCAUCUCAGGGUGGUCAUGGAGCAUCUCGAGGUGGUCGUCGUUAA